CGGAGCAAGACCUCAUCUUAUAUUUCUAUGAUGGUCUUUGCAAUGAAGAUAGGCGGAUGAUAAACGCCGCAUGUGGAGGAGGGAUUGUCAACAAGACCCCUUCUCAAGCUACAAACCUCAUCUCGGAGUUGGCCGAGAAUUGUAGGCACUAUGAUCGGCGAUCAACAAAACGAGUUAUGGCGGCAGAAUCCAACAACUCAUUGGAAAGUCAAGUAGCCAGCUUGACUUCUUUGGUUAAAGAUUUUCUCUUAAAUCCGAAACCUCAAGAAGUCAAGGUCUGCGGCAUAUGCUCGACACAAGGGCACCCCACCGACUCUUGCCCAACACUACAAGAGGAGAACGUUGAACAGAUCAAUGCUUUGGGUUUCCAAAAUCAAAAGAGGUAUAAUCCUCAAAGCAACACCUACAAUCCGGGAUGAAGGGAUCAUCCUAAUUUAAGGUACGGAAACUCUCAACCUCCUCAACCAUCAAAUCCUCCUCCUCCACAAUAUAAACAACAAGGCCAAACUUCUAACUCGAAUAUGUCAACCGAAGACAUGAUUCGAUCACUU